AUUGUUAUCUCCGCCUCCGAAACAAGCGGAGUGAUUUUCCUUAGAAGGAAACUAUAGUUGAAAGUAAACGGUUUACUCUGUACUGCCCCUGGUAUGGGUUGCAACCCAAAUUUAGCAGCGCAGAUCAACAAACGUUAACGCGGUGCAAGUAGAUAAGAAAGCGGGUGGUCUUGCAGACUUUGAUUUUUGGAAUUUACUUUCUUAAACGAGAUUACUCACCCCCGAAGCUAUUAGCUAACGAUGGUGCACGUAUGAGGACCUUACGUUGAAUAUCAAUUCGUUUAGUGGUAGAUUUUUUAAAUCGUGCCCUCUUAUUUUUCUUUUCAUUCAUACAAAACCAUUCAGGAGGUGUCACGCUCCUGAAAAAUGUGCCAAUGAGACUGAAAGAUUGCAGCCUGGCAGAUAACCUCCCAGGUCAUCGUGGCGCCUGUCAAUUUGAGUGGGCACGAACUCUGGAGGGAGACCUUGCUCUUAGUGGGAAACGCCCCCUGUGUAAGGAAAAACGUGGUGAUACAGAAGACCAUACACGGUGAUUAAGGUGGUGGUUUGGGGCUGGUAGUUGUUUGUGUUUGACUGCAUAUGAAGGGCAUGGAGAUGUUGCGCCGCUCUUCAGUGUUCGCAGCUGAAGUAAUGGAAGUGUUCGACCGCUCCCCGACUGACAAAGAGCUGGUGUCGCAGGCCAAGGCGCUGUGCAGAGACUACAUCCACUCUAGGCUGAAUCGGGCUGGUAUAGGCUGGUCUAAAUCCGAACAGAGCCCGUCGGCAUCUGGAGGACCGCAAGGAGAGGUAUCCUCAGUUCUCCUUUGGUUAGGCGACGAGCUGGAGUACCUGAGACCCAACGUCUACCGCAACGUGGCGCGGCAGCUGAACAUCACCGUGGCCUCGGAGAGCGUGGUGUCCGAUGCCUUCCUCGCCGUGGCCUCCGAGAUCUUCUCAACUGGUGUCACGUGGGGGAAAGUGGUGUCCCUGUACGCGGUGGCGGGCGCCCUGGCGGUGGACUGCGUGCGGCACGGCCACCCCGCCAUGGUCCACACCAUCGUCGACUGCCUGGGCGAGUUCGUGCGCAAGAGCCUCGUCUCCUGGCUGAAGAGGAAGGGCGGCUGGGCCGACAUCACAAAGUGCGUGGUGAACACUGACCCCAGGUUCCGCUCUCACUGGUUGGUGUCGGCCGCCUGCACCUGCGUCCACUUCCUGAAGGCGGCGGUCUUCUACCUCCUGCGAGAGCGGUGAGGGCGUGGCCGGGGCGAAGAGCACCACGCGCGGUCCCCCUCGCCUCCGCUGAAGAUGGCGACUUUACACCCGACACUUUACACCCGCCCCAGCUCACCCUGCCCCCUUUCCGUACGAAGACAGGGGUCCUCGCACGAGUCUCGCACAGGAGAUACCGCUCAACUACUACUCGCUUGGCUUUCUACUGCUACCCUCGGCCAGGAGCACCUGCAUCUGUUAGUCACCAUUUUGCUUUUCCACGCCAAGGGCUUGCAUUUCAUUGGACGCGGUUAGUGUGACUUUCUCUUAUAGAGAUGAAACUGAGUAAGACUUAGAGACUCCACUCUCUGGCGCGGUUGCUCAGGCAGUGUGGGACCGUGCUUGAGCACCUUUGUUCUCAGAGGGCAAUACACCAUGGGGGAGAGGCUGAUAAGAAUGACCUUGGAAGACUCUUGAUUGGAGCAGCCGAGGUUUGGCGCAAACUGAGGUCAUCUGUAACGACUCUUACUAUGGUUUUACUAUGCGUAAUUAUGCAUUAUUAUUAAAGGGGGACGUAGCGUGAAGACGAGUCUGCUGACUCUUUUUAGAAGAAAGCUUUGUCCUGUCUGAAGUGGUGGUAAAAAAACUGCCUGUGUGUGAAUGCUGAAUUGAAGAUGCAGAGGUUGUGUCAGAGAACUGUGGCCCAGUGGAUUGUACACUAUGCCUUUCCUUCCUGUAUUUAGAGGUUUUUUCUACUGGGAUGCUUCUGCAGAACAAUAUGAUUAUGGGCCUCUGUAAGGAAGUUGACUAAUGAAUGUUUGUCUUCAUUUCAAAUGAAUUUUAUUCUAUGAAUAACUGUAAAACCACACACUUGGUAUCCUAUGAAUGUCUCCAAUAAAAUACACAUUUUUAAUAUCUUAAAA